AUGUGGCGGAUUAUUUGUGUAACUUUACUGAUGUCGCUUUGGUCCAAUGCGAAUGCACAAGAAUAUUUACCACCCAAGAUCGGAGGCCCUAAGAAACCUUUACAGGAACCGACGUUGCCAGCUAACUAUGACUUCUCAUACGACGUACAAGACAAUGGAGUAAGCUUGGACUUCGGGCAUAAUGAGAAGAGGAAAGAGGACCAUGCUACUGGUUCCUACCACGUGCUCCUGCCCGACGGCAGAAUGCAGCUCGUGGAGUACGAGGCUGGGCCUGACGGGUACAAGCCACAGGUGAUGUACAUGGGUACAGCGACCUACCCACCAGCUGGAGGUGCGUCGGACAAGUUCGACGGGUACCAUUACAACGCAGCGUCGAACAGACAAAGUGUGAGGCAGGCGGCGCCGCGGGGCAGCUCGCGUCAGCCCGCCGCACCAGCGCCUUUGUCAGCCCCACCACCGCACACCGCAUCACCUAAUGCCACCCAGUGA